AUGGAGUUCAACCCUCCUAGAGCCAUCGUGCACAACGAAGGUUGCGACCUGCACUACUGGUACCAAGGCACGGGCCCGCCUCAUCACCUUCGUGCCCGGCGGCAAUGGCCACGGCCGGCAGUUCAACAACAUGAUCGCCGCCCUAUCCGACAGAUACACACCUGCGCCACCUUCGACCGCCGCCAAAUGCCAGCCAGCCAGGUCCGGCUCAGCAUCCCGCAGCAAGCGCAGGACAUCCGCGCCGUCAUCACGGCCGUUGGGGGGGCCUUCGACAAGCCGCGAGCGAGUUUCGGUGCCAGGCUGCUCGGCUACGACGACGAGGACGAGGGUGUCCCCAAGACAGUGCCGCCCGAGCCUGAGAACGAGUUCCCCGCCCUGUUGGGCUACGUGCCUAACCUGUGGCGGCUGAGGCGGAAUGGGACGAGCAUCGGGGUUAGUGUGCGCGCGGUCCGGAGCAAGGCGAAGAUCUUGGAGUGUCCUAAGCUGCUCGUCCUGGGACACCACCACGGAUUUGGGGUCGAGGCGAAGGAGUUUUUGACGUAUUUGUUGUAUAUGCUGGAGAUUUUGGAGGAUAGAAGGAGAGGGGUAUAG